GUCCCCGCCUGGCGACGUAGUAGCGACGUGCCCUUGACGUCAUCUCUGCGCGCUCUGGAGCUCUCGUGUUCCUCCUGUCAGUGGGAGCCGCUAGCGGAACAUCGGGCAACAUGAAGCCGGACAGAGGGAUGAGGGGGAACAUGAGUCAGGCCGAGCUGAUGAUGAUGACGGUGGCUGAUGUCAUUAAGCAGCUGGUGGAGGCUCAUGAGCAGGGGAAGGACGUCAAUCUGAACAAGUUAAAAACAAAAACUUCAGCCAAGUACGGCCUCUCUGCGCAGCCUCGCCUGGUGGAUAUUAUCGCCGCCGUCCCCCCUCAGUACCGGAAAAUACUGGUGCCCAAGUUAAAAGCAAAGCCAAUCAGAACUGCCAGCGGGAUCGCUGUGGUCGCUGUUAUGUGUAAACCCCACAGAUGCCCCCACAUUAAUUUCACUGGCAACAUCUGCGUGUACUGCCCCGGGGGGCCUGAUUCUGAUUUUGAAUACUCUACACAAUCAUAUACAGGAUACGAGCCAACAUCAAUGAGAGCCAUCCGUGCUCGGUACGACCCCUAUCUACAGACCAGACAUCGAGUGGAACAGCUGAAGCAAUUGGGCCACAACGUGGACAAGGUGGAGUUUAUUGUUAUGGGCGGAACGUUCAUGGCCCUACCUGAGGAUUACAGAGACUUCUUCAUCCGGAAUCUGCACGAUGCCUUGUCUGGUCACACGUCCAACAGCGUCUCGGAGGCAGUCCGAUAUUCUGAAAGGAGCAAUACCAAGUGUGUGGGCAUCACCAUUGAAACCAGGCCAGAUUAUUGCCUCAAGCGCCACCUGAGUGACAUGUUGUGCUACGGUUGCACCAGACUUGAGAUCGGAGUGCAAAGUGUGUAUGAAGAUGUGGCCAGAGAUACAAACAGGGGCCACACAGUGAAAGCCGUAUGCGAGUCCUUUCACCUGUCUAAAGACGCGGGAUUUAAAGUGGUUUCCCACAUGAUGCCAGACCUGCCCAACAUGGGACUGGAGAGAGACAUUGAGCAGUUUAUUGAGUUCUUUGAAAACCCUGCUUUCCGCCCAGAUGGGAUGAAGCUGUAUCCAACAUUGGUGAUCCGUGGCACUGGUCUUUACGAGCUCUGGAAAACAGGACGAUAUAGGAGUUACUCCCCGAGCACCCUGGUGGAUUUGGUGGCAAGGAUUUUGGCCCUUGUGCCACCGUGGACACGAGUUUACAGAGUACAGAGGGAUAUACCAAUGCCACUAGUAAGCUCUGGGGUGGAGCACGGUAACCUGAGGGAAUUGGCAUUAGCCAGAAUGAAAGAUUUGGGCACUGAGUGUCGGGAUGUAAGAACACGAGAAGUGGGAAUCCAAGAAAUUCAUCACAAAGUCAGACCCUAUCAGGUUGAGUUAAUUCGUAGAGAUUAUGUUGCCAACGGAGGGUGGGAGACAUUUUUAUCUUAUGAAGAUCCUGAGCAAGACAUACUUAUUGGCCUCCUGCGGCUGAGGAAAUGUUCAGAAGAGUCCUUCAGGCCCGAGCUCAAGGGAGGGGUGUCUAUUGUACGGGAACUCCAUGUAUAUGGCAGCGUGGUUCCCAUCAGCAGCCGUGACCCUUCUAAGUUCCAACAUCAGGGGUUUGGGAUGUUGCUGAUGGAGGAAGCAGAGCGCAUAGCAAGAGAUGAACAUGGUUCCUGGAAAAUUGCUGUUAUUUCAGGUGUCGGGACAAGGAACUAUUACAGAAAAAUUGGUUAUGAAUUAGAAGGGCCGUACAUGGUGAAGAGACUGGACUGAAAGUGCUCGGAUGGGUUGUUUACUUGCAAAAUGUAUCAGCCCAUAAAACAUCUCUAUACAUUAAAGCUUUUAUAAGGCAUCAUUGGGGCAAGGCAUCAUGGGACAUCAGGCAGUACCACUUGCUUUGAUUAGACGGCAGUGUUGGGGGCACAGGGUUUGAAUGAGGGUGUGAACCAGCAAAGUGCUAGAUGCUAAGUGCUAUGGAUGGUCAUUUAAGGCAUAUUUAUAAAGAAUAAGUCAUUUUAUUGAAAAAAAUAAAACAAUAAAAACUUUCAUUAAA